UAGUCUCGAUCAAUGGCCUUUUCACUUGUCAAAAACCUGAUCAAUGUCUGUGAAAUAUUAGCUUCACCACAUCUGUAUCUAGACGAAAAGACGAUCACUACCAAUUUGGAAUUUAUGGUAACUCAGUUCGAAGACUACAUCACAAUGAAGCUGGAGCGAGCCAACGAUGCGCUUGAUGAACUACUACCUUUGAGAGUCCAUGGAAAAUUGGUAGCAAUUGCUUUACUAAUUUUCAAAAUCGUGGUCCGUUCCUACACGAGCAUGCGUAUACAUGUAUCAAUUACAAUUUUCCUUCUCAAACUUGCUCUCAAGUUUAUUUUUGCUGUAUCGUGGAUUUCAAAAUUAGAAGAACCCAACACAAUCAGUACCGAUUUGGAAAGCAAUGGCUCUCGAGUGUUUCAGCUCGAAGAUUACAUGAAAUGCAAGGUGGUGAAAGUGAACAGGGCGCUAGCUGAACUAGUGCCAGCAAAGGGAGGCUCUGAAAAAAUUUGCAAUGCGAUGGCGUACUCUCUUCUUGCCGGUGGAAAGCGCAUACGGUCCAUACUUUGUAUUGCCUCGUGUGAAUGUGUAGGCGGAGAUGAAUCAUCCGCGAUGGCAAUGGCAUGUGCAAUGGAGAUUAUUCAUGCUGCGUCGUUGACUGUUGAUGAUCUUCCUUGUAUGGAUGAUGAUGAUCCAAGGCGAGGGAAUCCCUCGAACCACAAAACGUCCGGUGAAAGCGUUGCGAUUCUUGCUAGUGCUGCAUUGUCCUGCCUUGCCUUUGAGCACAUAGUGUCAAAGACAGAAAAUGUUCCCCAGGAUCGUAUGGUUCAAGCCAUUUCUGAGCUUGCUUCAGCUGUCGGCUUGGAUGGGCUCUUGUUAGGUCAGUUUUUGGAUCUUGACUGUGACGGAAAAUUACAAGUGACUUUGGAGCAAUUGAAAAAUAUUCAUGUGCUCAAAACUCGUAGGCUUUUAGAGGCCUCGGUUGUUUGCGGAGCGAUAAUUGGAGGGGCCAGCGCGAGCGAGAUAGAUAGACUUCGAAAAUAUGCAAAUUGUAUUGGAUUAGUGUUUCAAGUGGUAGAUGAGAUUCUGGAUGAGACCCAGACCGCAGAAAAGUUGGAGAAGACUGCUGGCAAGGAUUUGGCGAGCAACAAGGCCACAUUCCCAAAGCAGAUGGGCAUCGAUGGUGCCAAGAAUUUUGCCAGGGAGUUGGUUGAUCAAGCCGUUCAAGAGCUUGCUCAUUUUGAUGCUGCGAGGGCUGCUCCGUUGAAACAUUUAGCUCAUUUCAUUCUUAACCGUCCGUGGUGGUAUUGGGACCGAAAUGCAAUAACCAGAAGUUUUAUCUCACAUUGCCAUGGUAUUUAGCUUCUCGGCAAACACCCUUGGACGACAUUUGGGCAGAUUUAUCGACUGUUUAUUGGCAUGUUAUCAUUUACUCUUUGCAAUCAUGUUUUAUUGUCAAAUAAAAAUAAUGAGAAUAUGGAAGAUUGAGACCAAGCGAUUUGAGAUCAUUCGACCAGUAGAGUCAUAGUCGACGUCCAUGCAACCAUCAAUCGACCAAGGGUGCGGCAAUCGAUAUCAGUUGACACGAAAGUAUUGUCAACCGUUGAAGUAUUUUUUAUAUAAAUGCAUACUAAUUAAUGUGCAUGUGAUGCGAGUCCUCUGUUUUUUGUUUUUUUUUUUUUGAACUUAGAGUUAUUCCUCAUGAACAUGAAUGGAUCA